ACAAAGACAAAAACACUAUCCUCCCUCCUCUCCCACUCAUUGCACUCGUCCAACACCAAGGAAAGAAGGCAAAGGAGCUCUGAACCCUCACCUUCCAUAGCCAACUCGAUUUCAAGCUCCAACAAGGAAAAAGGGAGAAGUUUAGGAGAGGGAAAUGGAAGAAAAAGUGUGGGGAUUAAGGAACUUGUAUAAGGUAUUUCAAGAGCUUUCACGAAGUUGAAAGAGUCACCGGAGUUGUCGCCGGAGUUCGUCAAAAGUCGCCGGAGUUUCGCCGGAGUUCAACCGAGAAGGGUAGAACUUCAUAGCGCUAAUUCGAGGAAAAGGCCCACAUUUUAUUUUUUGCACAAGGUCCGUAUUCUCUCAGGACCGGCCCUGAUCCACAGAUCAGGUUGAAGCUAGGGCUUGCUGCUUACACCUUCUUACGAGUGAUAUCAACUUCAUGAAGACGUGGUUGGUGCUUCCUUAUUUUCUUUUAAACUAUCGAACACUUGCUCAUGGAUAUUUGAUUUACUAUAAAACUAUAUUUGGGGCUUGCAUGCCUAUGUUGUUGGCCGGUUGUGGCUUAUGACUUACCGUUGAAUAUUUCCGCUAUUCAUUGGUCUAAAUGUGAUGUUGUUAUGUAUGUUUACUACUGAGUAUGGAUGGAUUGUUUUCUCGAACGCCUUGUAUGAUUAAGUGAGGUUGACUCGCGGGCGUGACAACCGUGGACGUGGCAGAGGAUAUGGACAACAAGGCUGCGGCUAUGGCGGACAACAGGGGGCUGCAUAUGGCGGACAGCAACAACAGGCACCUCCUGCACACGGCCAGUAUCUCUGGCAGCAGCCGGGUCCUCCUCCGGUGCGUGGUGCGGUUCAGCCGGGUUACCAAGGUUUACUAUCUGUUGAGCAAAAUUAUCAGUCUCCACCAGCACCUGUAGUCUGUCAGCUUUGUUUUUCCCCAGAUCAUUCUGCCAUGUCAUGCUCUCGUUUUACAAAUUCAAGUGCUUCGGCUCUCGCGGCUAUUCCUACGGGCGAAGCAAAUGCGGCUGUUUGGUAUCCUGAUUCAGGUGCCUCUGCUCACAUGACCCCACAUGAAGGACAAUCACAAGGGAGCCACCCUCCUCCAGGCCUCCAGUAGAGACUCCGUCUAUCCCUUUAGAGCAGCCUAUCAACAACCUUCAUCUCUUGCUUUAAAGACUGCACUUGUUUCGGGUCCUGUUUGGCACAACCGUCUUGGUCAUUGUGGGGAUCGUGUGUUAUCUACUCUUAGAAAAAAUAAUUUAAUUUCUAAUGCUAGUACUUUUUCCCAUAAUUGUGUUUCAUGUAAACUGGGCAAGUCUCACUGCAUUCCUUUUGACGAUGUUAUUCACAAUUUUACUACACCUUUACAACUGAUUCACUCGGAUGUUUGGCAAG